ACUGUUUUCUACUACACUCACGCGAUAAUUCUUAUCACUUCAAGCGUUUCUACAAUUCUCGCGAUAGAAAAAAAAGGUCGCUCCCGAUUGGAUUAAUCCAACUCUCGCGAUGUUCCGGCCUCUUCCUUGGCCGUCGUUGACAGAGAGACAAAGGCCAUGUUCAGUACCAGCGCCAAAAUAGUGAAGCCUAAUGGCGAGAAGCCAGACGAGUUUGAGUCUGGGAUCUCUCAGGCUCUGCUCGAGCUGGAGAUGAACUCUGACCUGAAGGCUCAGCUGAGAGAACUGAACAUCACUGCAGCAAAGGUGAGAGUUCACACAAACCUGUGUAGGAGAAUUCUGCCCAAACCCACCAGGAAAAGCCGCACGAAGAAUAAGCAGAAGCGUCCCAGGAGUUUCCUGAUUCAGGUGGAGACCUUCUCUGGUGUCUACAAGAAGCUCACAGGCAAAGACGUCGUGUUUGAAUUCCCAGAAUUCCAGCUGUAAAUGCAGAUGACAAAAUAAAAUUUGUUUACUGUCA